UAGUUUUUUUAAUUGGUGUUUCCAUUUUCGUUUCGUGUUUGUGUUGAAUGAUUUUGCGCUUAUCUACCCGCCGACGUUUCGUCCGAUUGGUUUCUUCAGGUUCCGAGUCAUAGCGUGUGCCAUGUAAACUUAACCGGUUUUGGCUACUAAUUGCACUGACUAAUAUGCUGAAAGUGAAGUGAUCUAUUUUCAAAUAAUGAGCAGCUACAGAAACUACGUGCCUUGGAACAAAUCAUCUAAUUCCUCUUCCUCGAGCUAUUCGGCACCCACCUGCAAAAAAGAAAGCACGCCGACGACUUCAGCCAAAUACGAUUCGGGCUUUGGCAAGAAGAAGCAAGAGGACGAUAAAAGUGCCACCACGAGAAUUGCCAACAAGUAUGGCUCUUAUGGUGCAGGCUACCAACGUGACAGCAGUGCGUCGGGUUCCUAUUCAAACCGGCUCAAACCGUCCCUGGAAAAGAAGGAUGCAACCAGUCACCCUCCCGUCUCCUACAGAGGACUCUCCCGCACCACCCCCCGCUCACGUGACCCCAGCCCUGACAAAAGUUCGUCGUCAUCCCUCAGUUACAACUACAACAAACUUUACCCCACUAGACCCUACACCCGCUCGGCAAGCAGAGAACUGGAACCUCCUACCACAAUUCCAAAAUAUGCAGGACGGUCAUCUCUUAACAAAGAUGAACCUUUAAGUCGACGCUCGUCAAUCAGUCGUGAGGACUUAACCCCAGCGGCGUUAAAGUACGGCGGAAGAUCUUCCAUCACCAAAGACGAUGUAGUGUCCAAAUACAGCGGAAGGUCGUCGAUCACGAAAGACGAUGUUCCCAGAUACUCGGGACGAUCGUCACUUAAUAAAGAAGACUUGGUUCCUAAGUACAGUGGAAGGAGCUCUUUGACGAAAGAGGACUUAUUAAAGUACAAACCAACGAGUCGGGCGCCGUCUCGUGAGGAUUUGUCGCUAUCUUCAGGGUCUCAGAAGUACAUAAAUAGUAGGUUUCUUCCGAAAAAUAGCAUAGAGAAGAGUUACACGGCGUAUAGUAGACCGUCUUCGAUUAGAUCUCAUGAAACGAUUAGGAAAAAUAGGGAGUUACUUAAUGCUUUACAUGCUCAACAAGACCAGGAAAGGACGAGUCGACCAAGUAGUCGAUGUUCGUCUAUUACUCCGGAUGACCGUGGUGUGAAAUCUCCACCGCCUCUCACACCUCCAGAAGAGGAAGAAGUUGCUUUUGAAACGGAAACAGUUGCUACAAUUACAAGAGGAACUUCUCCUUCUCCCACCACUUCCAACAUUGCUAGAUCUCGCCGUACCGACAUUGCUAAGACUGUUGAAAAACAAGUGACUCGUCCCAAACAUCGCAUUGGCAUCGACAAAGAAGUCCAAUCAGAUCGUCUAGAUGACACCACCAAGUCUUCUCGAUUUUCAGGAUCGUCCAGGAUGACAGCCACCCCUUGGACUAAUUUCCUCGAUAUGAAGUUUUCAAGUCCUAAUGAUAAACCAACUAAAAAGGGUGAUACAAGUCCGAAAACCAUCUCGAGGAACAACUCCAAUAAAAGUUUGAGUCAAGAGAAGAAGUCUCCGCCGAAGACCAAAGCAUCCCCUCCAAAACAAGCGCUUCCUCCUCAAAUCCCCAAAAGCGAUAGUUCAAAAUCAACGUCCUUACAUUCCAUAAACACAACGAACAAAGAUUUUAGAAAGUCAGUACUGAAUAUGUGUACUGAAGGUGGUACGAAAAAGAAAGUUGGGAGGAGGAGUAACUCUGGAAGUUCUGCUGAAUCGGAAACGGAUGUACAAGCGUCAGAAGCGACUGACGUUUCGGAAAACUUAACCAGUUGUCCUUCGUUUCACAAAAGUAACUCUCCGGCUUCUAAGUUGCCGCAGAGGGUGGUUAGUGAUAAGAUGUCACAAAGGAGUAGACGAUCACCUAGUUCUGACGCUAGCACGAGUUCUUCGUCAGCCAGUGAAGAAGAGAAGAAAAAUGAUUUGAAGGUGACUUCGUCUCGGACUUCUAUCGCUGUGUCUUCGGCCGAUGAAUUGUCGGUUGAUAAAUCGCCAAAGCCGCCACCAAGUCCUAGAGUUAAGUCGGAAGCUGAAGCCAAGUCGUUUUUGAUGCGUGCUUUAGCUCCGGUCACCAACUUGUUCAAGACAAACAAGAUCUCCGAUAAUAAUGACAAGGUUAACUGGAUGGACUCCCCUUCCGAGAGUCUUCCAAACGCGGCAACUCCGCCACUCGACAAAUCCAAAUCCGACCAGAAACCAACCAAACACUUCAAGAAGUCUGAAUCCGGCGAACGCGCAUGGUGGCUCGACGACACUUCGGCUUCCACUUCGCUACCUUUAGACUCAGAAAAGAGCCUCAAACUCAAACCUAAGUUACUCUUGCGUCACGUCGAGUCCGGAGAGCUACCUUGGUGGUUAGACAAAGCCGCCGAAGUCCCCGAAGGCGUCGAAACCUUCCCCGAAGAAGCCAAAAUCAAGAUCUUCCGUUUGGAAAGCAGCGACAGCGCCGAGACUAACAACAUCAUGGACCCUGAGUACUUGGAACGCCACAAAAUCAGACAUAUAGACUCUGGUGAGAGGUCCUGGUGGCUUACCAGCUCCGAGAACAUUCCUGAGAUGGUCCAAGCUCAGGAAACUAAAACCGAGAAGCCUAAAUAUGCGAUUAGGCAUCAAGAGUCGGGUGAUAAGGCGUGGUGGUUGAAGUCGAAUAGUCAUUCUGAAGAUCAUGAGUUUGACGCGACGCAUGCUCCUUUGGGGGAUCGGGCGAGUCCGGAGGGGGUUGAAAUGCCGAAGGAGAGUGAGCAAGGGAGGUUAAGUCCGUACGAUAAUGUGCCUGUGCAAAGCAGGAGUGAGAGUAAGGGGAAGAAAUUGGAGAAGUUGUUUAUUUCGAAGCAUUGUGAUAUUGAUGAGAUUUUGGGAGGGUGCGGACCUAUGUGGAGUCCUUUAAUGGAGAAGAUUUUUGAAUAUAAGGAUAAAGGUGGGGAUGAUAAGUGCAUGGAGGUUGAUGCCAAGGAGGUGAGAAUACACGACAGCACGGCCCAGAGGGGGGUGAUCCAACCCAAUAGGAUUGACAACAUCGGUGGUUUCCCGAAGACUUUUUCGCCGUACGGAAAGUUGGAUGAUGCGGCACUUCAGUUGUACAAAGAUGGGGAUUAUGGAUCUUACCUUGACCUCGAAGCUUCUAUCAGUGAACAACAAGAGGAGUUUGAGGGUUUUCAAUCAAAUAAGAAGAAUUCGAUUGUUCUACGGACGCAGUUGUCGGUCAGGGUCCACACCAUCAUCGAAAAACUUCUUACAUCUGAGGGCCGAGAAUUACGACGCGCCCUUUUCUCCCUCAAACAAAUCUUCCAAGAGGAUAAAGACCUCGUGCACGAGUUCGUCCAAAACGACGGAUUAUCAUGCUUAAUCAAAGUCGGCUCAGAAGCCGACCAGAACUACCAAAACUACAUCUUGAGGGCUUUAGGUCAGGUGAUGUUGUACGUCGAUGGGAUGAACGGAGUAAUGGAACACAACCAAACCAUCCAAUGGUUGUACAGCCUCAUCUCGUCUAAAUUCAGACUGGUGGUCAAAACAGCCCUGAAACUCUUGCUGGUCUUCGUGGAGUACACAGACUCCAACUGCAUGCUUUUAAUCAAAGCUAUCCAAACUGUGGACUACGCGCAGGGAGUUUUACCGUGGUAUAACAUCAUGAAGCUGCUUAAAGACUUCGACUCCGCUGAUACCGAGCUGUUGAUUUACGCCACCACUUUGAUCAACAAAGUGCUGAAUGGUGUCCCAGACCAAGACACCUACUACGACCAAACCGACGCUUUGGAGGAGCAAGAAAUCGAGCGAAUUAUCCAGCGAUACAUGUCUAAACCUGGAACUGACUUGGAUUUGCUACAGCAGUUCCAGAUUUAUGAGGCCGUUCUUCAGUACGAAGACGGCGAAGAAAGCGGAGGGACUCCCAUUCGGCAUUUGGACGAAAGUAUAAGAAAGACCUUGAGAAACAGGAAGUCCAUGUCUGAGGCUAACGAAAGAAGGAAGAGUCGAAGACAUUCUACUGGUACGGCCCCUAAUAAUCAUCCCCCUUUGAGUAGGAACAAGAAUAAUAGGUCCGUCCAGAUGAACAGGGAGGAUGAUAAUGAGUCUUCUAGUUCUCAGUCUUCUGAAGUUAACACUUCUCAACUUAAUGGCUGUUAUAAGGAUAGUAUUAAAGCAACUGACGCUGGCGUCACGCCUGCUUUACGAAGGAGGAGGGAGAGGGCGGAGAGACAGAGGAGUUUCAUGAGGGAGCAGCAGGAGUCUGCGGCGCUUUUGAGAGGGCCGUCGCAGAACGAGGAAGACAAAAAUGAGAACGAGCUGGGGAACUACACCAACGCCCUCCAGCAACGCAUCACCAACGGCAACCUCAACCUCAGCCGCAAAGACAUUACUCCUUUGAUGAACGCAGUCAACAAGCUCGACUCCGAAGAAAACCUCACUAAACAACCGUGGAUCCUUUACAACGACGAUGGUAAACCCCCCAUCGACGAUAACACCGAAAACACGAACGAAAACGACCGAAACGUGCUCCUCCAACUGAAGCGGGAGAACACAGUGAAAGAUCUAACCCAGAAACUCGCCAACCAAAACAUCCUCCACAGUCCCUCCGACGAAAACAAGCCAAACAGGAUAGGCGACAUGACGGGACUCAUCUCCAAAGCCAAAGAAGGCCUUGCCAAGUCCAAGUCCAAAGCCGACGUGAUUAAGAGUCCCACCUCGGAGAAUGUUCCGAAGUUAGAAGUGAAGAAGUCCGAGAAUGAGCUCAGAUGGGAGGAGUUGGUUGCGAAUUUGAAUAGACCGCUGAAUUUGUGUGAUAUGGAUUUUACUGAUCUAGUGAGCGAUGACGAGAACGAUAUUCUGACGCCGGUGGCUGUGGUAAACGGAAUUCCGCCACCCCCACCUCCGUUGAAGGAGAACGGGGCCCCGCCUCCUCCCCCUCUUUCGGCGCCGCUGACCAAUAAGGGACCGCCACCUGUGCCUAAUCCCCCGGUAUUCGGGAUCACUUUACCAAGGGUGAAUAAACAGUCGGAGACAAAGAUACCGAUAAAGAAGAAUAAGAAAACGGUUAAACUUUUCUGGAAGGAGGUUCGGGAGGAUGCUUUAUGUGUUGCUAAAUUGAAAACUGGGUUUAUCUGGGAUGAGCUGAAGCCUGUUACUGUUGAUACACAGAAGUUGGAACAUUUGUUCGAAUCGAGGGCCAAGGAUCUGAUCACGAAGAAACAACAAGAAAUGAACAAAAACAAAGAAAUCAUCGUGCUCGAUCCGAAACGUUCCAACGCUAUCAAUAUAGGCAUGACCAAGUUACCCCCUCCACGUUCCAUCAAGACCGCCAUCUUGAAAAUGGACGCCACCAUCAUGAACCGCGAAGGUAUCGAGAAGCUCCUCACCAUGCUGCCGACGGAAGAGGAGAGGUCGAAAAUCCAAGAGGCUCAAGCUGCCAAUCCAGACUUGCCUUUAGGUAGCGCCGAACAGUUCCUUUUGACUUUAGCGUCAAUUUCGGAAUUACCGGCGAGGCUCAAACUGUGGGCUUUCAAGCUAGACUUCGAGAACUCGGAGAGGGAGAUCGCAGAGCCGUUGAUGGAUCUCAAGCACGGAAUAGAGAUCUUGAGGGCGAAUAAGACGUUUAGGGGGAUUUUGAGUACGUUACUCUCGGUGGGGAAUUUUUUGAACGGGAAUGAGGUGAAGGGAUUCCAAAUUGAUUAUCUUGCCAAAGUACCUGAAGUCAAGGACACGGUGCACAAGCACUCUUUGCUGCAUCAUUUAUGCCAUAUUGUGAUGGAGAAGUUUCCGGAUGCCACCGACUUGUAUUCAGAGAUUGGUGCUAUCACCAGAGCUUCCAAAAUCGAUUUCGAUGAGCUUUCUCUUAAUAUACAAAGACUAGAAGCAGACUGCAAAGCAUCAUGGGACCAUUUGAAACUAAUCGCCAAACACGAUGGAUCCACUAUGAUGAAAGUGAAGAUGUCCGAUUUUCUAGCGGAUUGUGCCGAGAGGAUUAUUCUUGUUGGAAUUAUACACAGAAGAGUUAUGAACAGAUUUCAUAAGUUCCUACUAUGGUUAGGGAUUCCUUUGCAUCAAAUAUCUGAUACUAAGCCUAACGAGUUCUGCAGAAUAGUGUCGGAGUUCGCUUUGGAGUAUCGGACUACGAGAGAACGGGUUUUGCAGCAGUUGGAGAAGAAAGCCAAUCAUAGAGAGAGGAAUAAGACCAGAGGGAAAAUGAUAACAGAUAUCGGCAAAUUCCGCACCAAGGAAGACCGCGCCGAUGCCGAACUUCGCCAACUCUUGGGUAGCGACAUUUCCGACGUGGAGAGUCUCCAAGGCACGUUGCCCUGGCGCCGCACCCGAAGAGACUCCAACCGUUCGUUCCUAGGCCAAGCAAACGGUAACCUCACCGACGGCGACGACGAAAUCCUGGAAACUCUCGUCAAGACUGCUACUAAGGGACCCACCAGGACGGCACCCCGCGAACGGAAGCGAACGAGACACGCUGACAGGAAAUCGCUGCGAAGGACCCUGAAGAACGGCCUGUCAGAAGAGGAGAAGAAGCACCUGUCGGCUUACAUCAAAGGCUACUAGAUCUGCCUGGUGCCAAAUCCUGCAACUAGGGAAAUUUUCUUUUAAUUUAUUUAGCGCAUCUGUGAGAUGUUCAAUGUAUACUAUUUACAACUGACUUUGUUAUGUGAUAAAGUAGCUGCUCACUCAUCUUUGUUGUUUUUUUGUAUUGUUUAUGAAAAAAGAAGAAAGAGCUAGUUAGGAGCACAUUUAGAGGUUAGGUUUUAUUUAUUUUCUAUUAAUCAUAGUGAGGGAUGAGGACAGCGCUGUUUGAAUGUAUUGUUUUUAUAACGUGCCUUAUUCAAAAUGGCCACACACCACACUAGUCUUGGUUUUAUCGUAAAUUAGUUUUUGUUUUUUCUUUAGGCGUGAGUGGAUUUUGUUUGCGACUCAUUUUGAGGUUAUCAAGACUAUUACUGUAUUGGUAAAGUUUCUAUGGACUUUUUUUAAUUUCUUUUUUCCAUUGCUGUGUUUAUGUUACUAGGUAGAUCACUAAAGAAUUUACCGAUAAUAAAUAAAUUUUGUUAUUACA